AUGGUUGAGCUGAUACCUCCUCCUGAUCCCAUCUCUUUACUCCCUCCCUUGCUCGCAUGUCUACCUACCUCCUUCGCAUCUCCUAGACCACCGCCCGCUCUGCUACCUUUGCUGUCUCCCAUAUUACGGCAGCGGUUACAACUACACACCUCGACUUCGUCACGCGACAACUGGGCUGCGUUAUUGUGCUGGGAUGCAAAAAAAGGCGAAGUGCUGAAGGAUAAGAUUGAAGGCGCCACCUUCGAGCCUCACCCCUCUUCUGGUGAGAUCGAAGUUGGCGACACGCAUCAGAUUAAAUACAAGAGAUUCGACGAAGAAACAUUACGGGCACAGAUUCCUCUGGUGGACUGGCCGUUUACCGCGUUAUACCUGUGGUGCACCGGUAGUGAGGAGGGAAAUGCGUGGAAGCUUGCAGAGUUGCUACCGUUGGAUCAAGACCUCCAAAAUGACCCCUCAUGGUCGUCCUCUGUUGUAGAAGCAAACGAGAGCUCCAGGGAGCGGUUGGUGAACGAAGCUUUGAAGGAAGCCGACGACGCUGUAAACCUGAGAAGUCAGAGAAACCUCUCGGUCCCACCACCCAACGAGGACGACUACUGGGCCAUGUAUGACAACACGCCCAGCAGGACACCGGCUCGGAAAGAAUCGGUUCAACCUCCGCGAGGAGGUCCUUCUGAAGACGACUACUACGCUCGAUACGGAAGUGUCCAGCCUGCCAUGGACAAUCACGACCCGGAUGAGGAGAUGGCAAGCAUCCAAGAACCCCAUUUGAAUGGGCAUGCGCUGCAGCAGAUGCUGCCAGCACACCAGCAGCCACAGACAGAAUCAGAUCCGCCUCCAUAUCAAGGAGGAUUGGCCGACCUUGCAAAUGAUCCAGAAGACAUCGAAGUGGAGGUCAACCACCCAGUACCCUCGUCACCGUCUUCGAGGGGAUCCGACGCGGUGGCCCGGCUGGAAGAGCAUGCAGAGCGGUACGGAGCAUCAGAAAUUGGAAUUAGGCAGCAUAUCAGCACCAGCAUGAAAAGCAUGUACCGGUUGGCCCGUAGUGCGGGUAUCACCCGGGAUGAAUUUGAGCGGAUGGUGCAAAGGGAAUUGGAAACUCUGAGUCUGCUGGAUCUGGAUGAGUGA